AUGCUCUCCGCGUCCCUUAACACAAACAAGCGAACUUUGGGCUCUAUUUUCAAGCUUGCGCAGCGAAGUAUAUGUUUAAAUAUUGAGCUGCGAAGCGCUCUAGACAAAUUACCAGAUUCAGGCGUGGUCGUGGUUGGUGGUGGACAUGCUGGCUGCGAAGCAGCGGCUGGUGCAGCCCGCUCAGGAGCCCCAACAGUUCUAGUGACGCCGUUUUUGGAUAAAAUAGGAACGUGCUCUUGCAACCCAUCUAUGGGCGGUGUGGGAAAAGGCACUUUGCUUCGGGAAGUCGAUGCCCUUGAUGGCGUGGCCCCGAAGGUAACAGAUUUGGCUGGUAUUCAAUUCAAAAUGCUAAACAGGAGUCGAGGGGCUGCGGUUUGGGGGCCCCGAGCACAAAUCGAUAGGGAAAUAUACUUACGAGAAAUGCAGAAGGUGCUGAAAAGUUACGCAAAUUUGACUCUUUAUCAAGGAAAGGUUCAAGACUUAGUUAUUGACAGGCAAGUUGCUGGAGAGGGAAAGGAUUCACACCAAAAACACAGCACGGUCGUUGGUGUGAUUCUGGAAGACGGCACACUCCUUAAAGCUUCAAAAGUUGUUAUUACUACAGGCACUUUUCUGAGUGCAGAGAUCCACAUAGGCGCAAAGUCGAUUCCAGCAGGCCGGAUAGGAGAAGGUGCCUCUUAUGGCUUGAGCAAAACCCUGGACGAGGCGGGAUUCAAACUUGGCCGGCUGAAAACAGGCACUCCAGCCCGUCUCGAUGGCAGAACAAUAAAUUUUGAAAGUUUAGAGAAGCAAUAUGGCGACACUCCCCCCAAUCCUAUGAGUUUUAUGAAUGAAGAUGUUGCUAUCAAAGACCAAGUGCUAUGUUAUGGUACGCACACAACGCCCGAGGUUCAUGAAUAUCUUAGAUCGAAUCUGCAUCAGGCUCCGCAUAUCAGAGAAACCAUUAAAGGCCCUCGUUACUGCCCAUCAAUCGAGGCAAAAAUAAUCAGGUUUGCGGACAAAAGUUCCCAUAGGAUAUGGCUGGAACCUGAAGGUUUGGACUCUCAUGUAGUUUACCCAAAUGGGAUAUCAAAUUCCAUGCCAGAAAAUGUACAGCUCAAAUUCAUGCGAAUGAUCCCGGGGCUUGAGCAAGUUGAAAUUUUACAACCAGCUUACGGGGUCGAGUAUGACUAUAUUGACCCAAGAUCUUUAGCUAAGAGUUUAGAGGCGAAACCUGUAAAGGGCUUGUAUUUGGCAGGGCAAAUUAAUGGUACAACUGGCUACGAGGAAGCCUGUGCUCAAGGCAUAUUCGCGGGGAUUAAUGCGGGGUUGGCUCACCAAGGGAAGCCCCCACUUGAAAUUUUGCGGUCCGACGCUUAUUUGGGAGUCUUGAUCGACGACCUAAUAACAAAAGGUGUCGAAGAGCCUUACAGAAUGUUUACUUCUCGUUCAGAGUUUCGCAUCAGUGUAAGGGCUGAUAACGCGGAUUUUAGGUUAACUCCUCUGGGCCAUGCAGCGGGAGUAGUAAGUGACAAUCGAUAUGCAUCAUAUAUCAAUCAAAAGGCCUUAUACUCUGAAAUCGUAACGAAGCUGUUGAACUUCGAACUCAGUGCAAAGAGAUGGAAUGGAAGCUUAGGUGUUCCAGUUGCAGAUGGAGCAAAAAACAGAAGUGCGUGGGAAAUGCUUAGGUUCAAUGGCAUUGACUUAAAUACCUUGGGUGACAAAUUUCCGGAACUUGGCAUAGACCCAUCUCAAAUACCUAAGCAUGUCUUACUCAAAAUUGAUGUUGAAGGAAAAUACGCACCGUUCAUCAAAAAACAAAAUCAAUUCAUAAAAGCUUUUCAGGCAGACGAAGGGAUGCUGUUGCCCCCAAACUUUGACUACUCCAUCCUACCUUCUUUGAGUUCAGAAUGUAAAACCAUCCUCAACCUUGUGCAGCCGUCAACUAUCGGGCAAGCAAGGCGGAUUCAGGGAAUAACUCCAGCAUCACUUUUUGAGCUUUAUAAGCUUGUCAGGUUUAAACAGAAUGAUCUAUCAGCCGAAACACGGAUGGAAUGUCAAGAACCGUGA